AUGGCCACCAUAACCGAGAAUUUGGAUCACCUUGAUGUAGACAACACAUUCCCAAUCGCUACUACCAUCACACCAGACGUCCUUCAAAGGUACGGCGGUGUAAACCACCAGGCUGCCCAGGACUUUGGUGAUACGAUUAUCGGUAGUGUUGGUAGUGCCCCGUUUCUUGCCAAGAAAUGGGAUGAAAUUGUUCCGGGACAAACUUUCUAUAUCUACCUCGUCGAUAUGCAUGAUUGCGCAUCGUCUAUACGUGUGAUCCGAUGGCUCGACGACACUGGUCAUUACCAUUCACAACCUUUGUCCAGGGACGUUAGGCUGAGUAAGCUUACAGUCAAGAUGUGGGCAGAAAAGGCCCCCAUACCUUGGACCAGCAUCUUGUCGUAUACAAUGUUUGUGCCCGGCAAAGCCUCUAAAACGACGGAUAACACGGCCUGGAUACCGAACGCAGGCAUCAAAGUGUUCAGGGACUCUCUUUGCGCGUGGCACAUCCCUGGAAGGACAGUGUACCACAGCCUAUGGAGUGAAUGGACCAAGCCCAGGUACCGUUUCAAGGGUUUAUAG